GGUGGGCUGCGCGUCGGCUGCGGGGCUUGGUUCCCCGGUCCCGCCCCGCCAAGCCCCGCCCCUCCGCCCGCGGGCGCAACCACGGAACCGUGGUCCCCGGGCCAGCCUGGGGCGGCCGGCCCGAAACCACCCGAUAAGAUGGAAUCACUGAAUUCAUCACUUGACUCAGUAAUAGUUUGGAUAAGUUUAGCAAGGGAUGGUGAAGUUGGAGAAAGGCUCCUUUACCCCUCCUCCAGGAUGAACCCCCUGCAAGAAGACAUGGAGAGCGCUCUCACAGGGAGUCAGAGCCCUCACGCUUCUUUGCGCGACGUUCAUUCCAUCAACCCCACACACCUCAUGGCCAGGAUCGAGUCUUACGAAGGAAGGGAGAAGAAAGGCAUAUCUGAUGUCAGGAGGACUUUCUGUUUGUUUGUCACCUUUGACCUCUUAUUUGUAACAUUACUCUGGAUAAUAGAGUUAAAUGUGAAUGGAGGCAUUGAGAACACAUUAGAGAAGGAGGUGGUGCAGUAUGACUACUACUCCUCUUAUUUUGAUAUAUUCCUUUUGGCAGUUUUUCGGUUUAAAGUGUUAAUACUUGCAUAUGCUGUGUGCAGACUGCGCCAUUGGUGGGCCAUAGCGCUGACGACAGCAGUGACCAGUGCCUUUUUACUCGCAAAAGUGAUCCUCUCAAAGCUUUUCUCCCAAGGGGCUUUUGGCUAUGUGCUCCCCAUCAUUUCAUUCCUCCUUGCCUGGAUUGAGACGUGGUUCCUGGAUUUCAAAGUCUUACCUCAAGAGGCAGAAGAGGAAAAUAGACUCCUGAUAGUUCAGGAUGCUUCAGAGAGGGCAGCACUUAUACCUGGUGGUCUUUCAGAUGGUCAGUUUUAUUCUCCACCUGAAUCUGAAGCAGGUAAAAAAAUGUGAUUAUCGUUUGUGUUU